AGAAUAGGAAUUACCAAAAUGAGUGAAUCCUAACAUGCUAUGUGUCAGCUUUGUUAAAGAUGGGCACCAAGCGACUACGUACAGCGAUAUCUCAUGUAUAUUACUAUCAUGGUACAUUCUGUUCCAGUCAUCCCUAUGCUAUGAUAUGUUUCACUAUCUGCAUUGCUGCCAUAUGUAGUUAUCCCAUGCUAAAUCUGCCAUUACCUGGGUAUGCACCAUUAGAAUUUUCUACACCUGUCAAAGAACAUAGUUUACCACUGAGAAUUGGUCAUAGUAAACCAACCCAAUCAACAUUGGACUUAGUGGAUACACACACACCAAAAUGGUUUGAUGGACCUCCGCUAGCCUUUAUUCAGCAAUUCAUUGUGAAAGCUGUUGUAUCACCGUGGCAGUCAAAUCUUAUUCCCCCUGAUGCUUUCCGUGCUCCACUAUCCAAAGUAUUUAAAUUAGUUGAUGAAAUUAAUAGCUAUCAAUACAAUGAAAGCCUCACUGUCAGAAGUUUUUGCUACUACGUUGUUGAACCGUUACCUCAUUACCAGUCAAGUUAUGUGUUACCAAAACAUGGCUGUUUAAUGAUAUCACCAUCACUGAUAUGGGAGAAAGGUGUAACACAGUUCCUAAACGAUAAAGCACUUAUAGAAAGUAUUUACAAAUUCCAAGGGAAAACCAUUGAAACUUCACCCAAUUUAAAAGAUUUAUUGUUCGGUAUACCUUGGAAAUUUAGUGGGAUUUCCAGAUUUUAUAUGAGAAAUAGACAGCGGGUAAUAUCUUAUGCUGUCACCUUGGUGUUACAGUCCUAUAAUUCUAGUUUUAUAGAUGGUUUAAAAUCACAUAUCAAUACAAAAUACCCGGGUAGUGUUCAUAAUAAUAGUGAUGAGGAACAAAUAACACAUGUAUUUUUUCAGAAUGAAGCGGGAUUUGUAGAGCUUACGCCGUUAUGUAUAAUGUAUGCUAUAUUGUUUAUGUACAUAUAUUUUUCAGUUCGUAAAAUUGAGAUGGUGAAAUCAAAAUGGGGUUUAGCUUUCAGUGCUGUGGCCAUGGUGAUUGCCUCUCUGACAAUGUCUAUUGGUAUAUGUUCUUUUUGCGGUCUUACUCCUACAUUGAAUGGUGGUGAAAUAUUCCCAUACCUUGUGGUUAUAAUUGGUUUAGAGAACAUAUUGGUGCUCACAAAAUCAGUAGUUUCAACAGCUGUACAUUUGGAUGUGAAAAUUAGAGUUGCGCAAGAUACAGUGGCCCUCGCUAAUGAGCAGAAAAGGGGAGUUUAUGCAUUGAAAAUGGAUAAAAGCACAUGUACACACAUGGGUUUAUUUAUACUUUCUGACUUGCAGAAACAAGGUGUACAGAGAGAAAUUAUUGCACAAGAAGUGCAAGCAGCAGAAGACGCUGAAGAGGAAAAAACACCCCAACCAACUCAAUAUACGAGCAGAUUAACCAAAUCUAAAUCUGCACCAAGGA